GAAAAUAAAGUUUAAUGUGUUUUUAUUUAAAUUCAACGUUUACUUUUGCUAAGAAUAUCAUUUAAACAAACGGUUAAACAUUUACAUUCUACGUGUGUGUAUUUGCAGAUCUGCGAGGGCUGAUCUGGCUGCUGGUGGCUUCACACACAGCGACGCGAGCAAUGGCACCCGGUGGUGACACAUGUCCGUAAGCCGAUAAACAUUUACGUCAAGACCAAGCGAAGAAGCAUUGACAAAAAAUGUCUCGGCACAGAAAUGUGCGGGGUUACAACUACCAAGAAGACUUUGAGGAUGAUGAUAUAUAUGGACAGUCUGUUGAAGAGUAUGACUGUAUAUCACCAGCUACAGCAAAUCAGUUCCUGUACUCACGUCAACAGAGGCAAGUAUCUAAAGAAGAACCUCUAGAGGAGGAAGGAUAUGAAGCUGAAGAUGUUCUGUCACCAACCAUCGAUCCCAGUCUGGACCCCUUGGACCAAGCCAAGCUGUAUUCCUGCCUUGACUAUAUGCGGACUGUGUUGGGUGAAGCAGUGCCAGAGUCGGUCCUCACCCAGGCAGCCAUAAAACAUGGAUUUGACCCACAGAGAGCACUGGAUGCUGUACUGUCGGAGGACACCAAACCAGCUCCAGUUCUCAAAAGUGCAGAUGAAGAAAUGUCCUCAGCAACCUGGUUGAGUGAGGAGAAGGCGCCACUUCCACAAAGAACCAAAAGGGAGAGUACGGCAGAUAGAGCCAAAGGCAGAGAUGUGUCUCAGUACCAUUUGGACUCUGAGGUGGUUCCUAAAGUGGCCCGGAUGACUGUCUCUGGCAAGAAGCAGACCAUGGGCUUUGAGGUCCCCAGCACAGGGGAGAACAGCAUCUUCACUUCUUCAGUACAUCGUGUUGGCAGCCCUGAAAACAUCACCUCAACUACCUCCCCUGAAAUUGCACCUAAACGUCCAGAUACUCCUUCUAAGGCAUCCAACGGAGACGAGCUCUCAGCUGUUCCUACACCAAGUCGCUCUUCCGGAAAGGCCCGACAGGCCGUCAACAUCAAGGCAGAGCUGGAGAAGAGACAAGGGGGCAAAGCCCUUUUAAAUCUGGUAGUUAUAGGUCAUGUAGAUGCAGGUAAGAGCACACUGAUGGGCCACCUGCUUUAUCUGCUCGGCAACGUCAACAAGCGCACCAUGCACAAGUAUGAGCAGGAAUCAAAAAAGGCGGGAAAAGCCUCCUUCGCUUACGCCUGGGUCCUGGAUGAAACUGGCGAGGAGAGAGACAGAGGGGUGACCAUGGACGUGGGCAUGACAAAGUUUGAGACAAACACUAAGGUGGUGACUCUGAUGGACGCACCAGGACACAGAGACUUCAUCCCCAACAUGAUCACAGGAGCUGCACAGGCGGACGUGGCCGUUCUGGUGGUUGAUGCCAGCAGAGGAGAGUUUGAGGCAGGCUUCGAGGCCGGCGGUCAAACCAGAGAGCACGCUCUCCUGGUGCGAUCUCUCGGCGUCACUCAGCUGGCUGUAGCCGUCAACAAGAUGGACCAGGUAAACUGGCAACAAGAGCGUUUCCAAGAAAUCAUCUCAAAACUCGGCCAUUUUCUAAAGCAGGCUGGAUUCAAGGAAUCCGAUGUUUUCUACAUCCCAACCAGCGGCUUGUCAGGAGAAAACCUCACCGUCAGGAGUUCAGUGUUGGAGCUCACCCGUUGGUAUUCUGGACCCAGCCUGCUGGAGCAGAUCGAUGCAUUCAAACCCCCUCAGAGAUCUGUAGAUAAACCUUUCAGACUGUCUGUCUCCGAUGUGUUCAAAGAUCAGGGUUCAGGCUUUUGUGUCACCGGAAAGAUCGAAGCUGGUUAUAUUCAAACGGGAGACAGAAUACUGGCAAUACCUCCCAAUGAAACCUGCACAGUGAAAGGAAUCACUCUACAUGAUGAAGCUCUGGACUGGGCGGUAGCUGGAGACCACAUCAGCCUUACACUCACUGGAAUGGACAUCAUCAAGAUGAAUGUUGGCUGCGUUUUCUGUGACCCCAAGGAGCCCAUUCGAGUCUGCACUCGAUUCAAAGCCAGAAUCCUCCUUUUCAAUAUCGAGGUUCCCAUCACAAAAGGCUUUCCAGUACUGUUGCACUACCAGACAGUCAGCGAGCAAGCCACCAUUAGAAAACUAAUAAGUGUCCUACAUAAGACCAGCAGCGAAGUCCUCAAUAAGAAACCAAAGUGUUUGACGAAGGGUAUGAAUGCCAUUGUGGAGAUCCAGACCCAGAGGCCGGUGCCGUUAGAGCUGUACAAGGACUACAAAGAACUGGGGCGCUUCAUGCUGCGAUAUGUGGGCUCCACCAUUGCUGCAGGAGUUGUUACAGAGAUCAAGGAAUGAAGAGUUUCCACCAGCACAGGGGUCAGCCGGGGUCAAAGAGUCUGACUUUUCCCUGGGUUCUGGCUGGAGCCAGAGCCUUGGAAACAACAGGAGCCGCUCGCAGACUAUAGAGUGCCAUUUUUAUCCCUCUGUUCAUCCAUCCAGUGCAGAUCUGCAUCCGUUGUUGGCUUUAACCAACAAAAGCUGCACACACAUACAACUGUAGAGUAGAAUGCAAACAGAAAAUUCAAAAAAAAAAGGAGGGAGAGGAGAAACAAAUGAAAUGCUUCUGCAAGGGAGAUUUUUAGUAAAGCAGUAAAAUGCACAAUGAAAGGGCUAAUCUUGUUUUCCUACAUGAUUAAGAGGUUUGAAUAUUUUUUAUUUUGAAUCAAGAUGUGCCAAGAGAGUGACAGUAGUUGUUUUUGGUUUGAAUUUUUGUUGUUGUUUACAAAUCACAUUUAAUUUGGGAAUCAAGAACAGUAUAAAAAGGCUUAAGAGCAUAAUAAUGCUGCACAUCAAUAAACAGCAUCUGCAGACGUUUUGACCUUUUUAAAAUGCAAAAGUACAUGAUUGUAAUUCAGAAGAACAAAAUUAUUAACAUGGUAAAAAUACUUUAUCUGGUUUCAUUGUGAGAUUGUUUGCCUUUCCACAAGGCACAGUCAUCCAGACCACGAAGAAGAGAUGAAUGACGCCAAGUCUAACACUUUACCUGGGAAAAUAAAGUGAUUACAUACUUGCAACACUUCA